AUGUCACAUGGCGCCGGGGUUGUGGAACCCGCCCGCGGCAAGCAAGUUAUAGCUCGUCGUUCCCCUGUUGCGGGCAGGAGAGCUGGUUUGCCUGGGAAGCAGCUUGAGAAUGACCGUCGGACAAACCGGCCAACAUCGAAGGACCGUGUAGCUGCCCGAGCCCAACCCAAGGAUAGUGGUCCAUUGCCGGGCACAGGAAGAGGGCAGAGGGGGCUGGAGGGUGAUCUUUUAAGAAAUGGUGCUGCAGGUGUUGACUAUACCGGCUCAUCUGAUGUACUUCGUUCUCUUGGUUUAUCUAAGCACACAGAGUAUGAGAUUGUUUCUCCAUAUGAGGUCAACCAUCAAGGGGUGUACAUCACACAUGAAAUAACCCAUCAUCAACGUAGAAGACGACGAAGAUCCCUGUCUUCAAAUGCAUCCACAUCAAACGCUAAUGAUGGCGAUGAAACGACUCACUUCCGGGUGAGCGGCUUGGGGCAGGACUUCCACAUGGAGCUACAGGAGACAUCCAAGACCCUGAUUGCACCUGGCUUCACCAUACAGGUCCUGGGAAAAAACGGCACCAAGAGCCUAAGGGCUUACCAACAGGACCACCAAUGCUUUUACCAGGGAUCACUGAGGCUAAAGGUCAACUCGUCAGUGGCGCUGUCCACAUGCACGGGGAUGACAGGUUUGAUACGCACUCAAGAUGCAGACUACUUCUUGAGGCCUGUGUCCCACCAAUUAGCCCUGAGAGAGAACUACACAGCACCUUCCCAUCACCAACCACACAUCCUCUACAAGAGUGACAGGGAAAGAGGUCAUCACUCUCGGGUGGUUCAGAAGAGAUCAGCAGAUUAUACCAGUAAAAUGCCAACCAAAUUACAGACUGGUGAAGAAGACCAGGAGCGCCAGCAAAAGAAUCAUUUUCGUAACAGUGACACACAUGAUGAGCAGCAAGCACAUCGCAGCAGGGGAAAUGACCACAAAUACUAUCAAAAAGCCGAAGACUCCAUACACACGGAGAAGCUGAGGCAACACUUCUGUGGAAGACGGAAGAAAUACAUGCCAAAACCUCCAAGGGAACAUCUCUUCCUGCUUCCAGAUGAGUACAAGUUCAUGUCCAGGAACAAGCGGGCAGUUAUCAUAAAGAACCAGAAUAAUCAACAGCUCAAUGUUGAGACGCUAGUGGUGGUAGACAGAAAGAUGAUGGAUGACCACGGCCAUGAGAACAUUACUACUUAUGUUCUCACUGUGCUCAAUAUGGUUUCUAGUCUCUUCAAAGAUGGUACCAUUGGAGGGAGCAUCAAUAUUGUAAUCGUGGGACUUGUACUUCUUGAUGAAGAGCAGGAUGGUUUGGUGAUCAGUCACCAUGCAGACCACACACUGAACAGUUUCUGUCAGUGGCAGUCCACUCUGGGAGGCCGAGAGGGUCAGCGUCAUGACCAUGCCAUUCUACUCACCGGACUUGACAUCUGCUCAUGGAAGAAUGAACCAUGUGACACUCUGGGUUUUGCCCCGAUAAGUGGUAUGUGUAGCAAGUACCGGAGCUGCACCAUUAACGAGGACACAGGUCUGGGAUUAGCAUUUACCAUUGCACAUGAAUCUGGACAUAAUUUUGGGAUGGUCCAUGAUGGUGAAGGAAACAUUUGUAAGAAGUCAGAAGGCAACAUCAUGUCCCCAACAUUAGCAGGUCACAAUGGUAUCUUCUCAUGGUCUGUGUGCAGUCGUCAGUACCUCAGCCGCUUCCUCAACUCGGCCCAGGCUUUGUGCCUGUCGGAUGAACCCAGUGGAGUGAAGGAGUAUCGAUAUCCUGAGAAGCUCCCUGGCGAGCUCUAUGAUGCAGACACACAGUGCAAAUGGCAGUUUGGUGAGAAGGCCAAGUUAUGCACGCUUGAUUUUAAGAAGGAUAUCUGCAAGGCUCUUUGGUGCCACCGAAUUGGGAGGAAGUGUGAGACCAAAUUCAUGCCAGCGGCAGAAGGCUCUCUCUGUGGGCCUGAUAUGUGGUGUCGAAGGGGUCAAUGUGUGAAACACGGUGAUGAAGGCCCAAGGCCACAUCACGGCCAGUGGUCAGAGUGGUCGGCUUGGUCUAUCUGCUCCCGAACCUGCCAGAGUGGUGUCACCUAUCGGGACAGGCAGUGCAAUAACCCCAGACCGGCCUAUGGAGGAAAGUUCUGUGAAGGCUCCUCUCGGUCGUACAAGCUCUGCAACACACAAGACUGUCCCCAAAAUGCUGUUGAUUAUAGAGCACAGCAGUGUGCUGCCUUCAACAGCAAACAGUUCAGAGGAUGGCACUACACCUGGAGACCAUAUACAAGAGUGGAUGAUCAAGAUGUCUGCAAACUAUACUGCCUUGCUGAGGGGUAUGACUUCUUUUUUGCCCUGGCCAGCAAAGUCAAAGAUGGAACACUUUGCACUUAUGACAGUAGUAACGUCUGUAUUGAUGGUCUGUGUGAGAGAGUGGGCUGUGACCGUGUGUUGGGGUCCCCUGCAGUGCUUGAUGUUUGUGGUGUGUGUAAAGGAGACAAUUCUACCUGCAAGAUCUACAAAGGACAGUACACAAAGCAGCAUCAUACUAAUCAGUACUAUGGUCUGAUAACCAUUCCAGCAGGGGCCCGGUCUAUCCGUGUUGUAGAACUGAAUACAUCAAGCUCCUACUUGGCGAUCAGGGACACCCAGAGGCGUUACUACUUGAAUGGACAUUGGACAGUGGACUGGCCAGGCAGACAUCUCAUCGCGGGAGCCAUUUUUGAAUAUAAAAGACCUUACAGCAGACCAGAGAGUGUCAUAUCAGCUGGACCCACAAAUGAGACAUUGGUUAUUGAGAUAUUAUUGCAAGGUUUGAACCCAGGUGUAAAUUGGGAAUACACUCUGAUGAAAACUGAUUCAGCAAGGAAUCAAAUCAAACACAACUAUACUUGGGCCAUCAUACGCUCCAAGUGCUCAGCAUCAUGUGCAGGAGGCCAAAUGAACACAAAGCCUGCAUGCUACAAAGACAUGAGAGUCCAAGUGAAUACAUCAUUCUGUAAUCCCAGAUCCAGGCCAACUACUGGAAUAAUACCUUGCAACACUCAACCAUGCCCUGCCAGCUGGUCUAUUGGGGCAUGGGGGGCAUGCAGUCAGAGCUGCGGAGGAGGGGAGCAGACACGACAGGUCCAAUGUGUCCAAAGAAGUCAGACUACAAAUGCCACCCUUGCUGAUUCUCACUGUUCUCAGCCGACGCCAGCCAGGAGGCAGGCCUGCGGCAUCCACAGUUGUCCACCAGCUUGGACCACCAGCUCAUGGUCACAGUGUUCUCGUCAGUGUGGCAAUGGCUUGAGGAAGAGGACAGUGCUGUGUGCUAGACUUACCUCAGGGACACAGUCACAGACCUUGCAAGAUACUUUGUGCGCAAGCUUGCCUAAACCUGCGAGUCAGGAAUCUUGCUUUAUCAAACGCUGUCUGAAACAACGCAAAGUCCAGUGGUUUGUCUCAACAUGGCAAGAGUGUUCAGUAACAUGUGGCCGUGGCUAUCAAGCACGUUUCAUCAAAUGUGCUGAAAAGGAUGCAGCAGGCAAAUACAGAGAGCUUGCCGCGAAAAAAUGCCACCACAUCCCCAGGCCCAAUGUGGACCUUCAACGACUCUGUACCUUAGCUGAGUGUCAGGUUCGUACAACCCCAUCAGUCCAGCAACCUGAAUGGCAUGCAUCUCCUUGGUCUCAGUGUACAGUGACAUGCGGAGGUGGGGUGCAGUCUAGGACAGUCCAAUGCCUGGCACAGAGGAAUCCCAUUUCGGGCUGUGCCCUCCAUCUAAAGCCUUCAAUGUCCCAGGCUUGUAACACAAACUUCUGCCCACAAGAAGACAAAAAGGAUCUGGCAUGUCAGGAUUACUUCAACUGGUGUUAUCUGGUGCCACAGCAUGGCGUGUGCAACCACAAGUUUUAUGGCAAGCAGUGCUGUCAGUCCUGUUUACAUUCAAACCUAUAA